AUGGCCCCCCCCUGCGGCGACGCGGCGGCGGCAGCCGAGCUCACCAGCCUGCGCAUGAGCGAAGGAGGUGGGCUCCCUCCGCUUCCUGGACGGCGAAGCGUCGGCGGCAAUGCGGGUGAGAGAGAUGAGGAGGGUGAUACGAACAAGAAGGCGAGGAAGGAGAAGGCCGGUACGCAGCGGAUCGCCGGGUGGGGACUCCGCGAGUUCAGCAAGAUAGUUUCUAAAAAAGUUGAGACCAAAGGACGGACUACUUACAAUGAGGUUGCAGAUGAAAUUUGUGGGGAGCUGAAGCUGACUCUUAUUGGCCAAGAGUUUGAUGAGAAGAAUAUCAGGAGGAGAGUGUAUGAUGCUUUUAAUGUGCUAAUCGCACUACGUGUUAUUACAAAAGACCAAAAGGAGAUAAAGUGGAUGGGCUUGUCUAACUUCCAAUAUGAAAAGAUAAAGUUGGAGGAAACUCGCAAAGAACUCAUGAUCAGGAUUAAGAACAAGAAAAAACUUCUCCAGGAAAUUGAACGACAGUUUGAUGACCUCCAGAAUAUCAAGUUCCGCAACCAGUUACUACAGAGGCCAGCAGAGAGUGCGAAUGGUAUCAGCCUUCCAUUCUUAUUGGUCAAGGCAUCCAGAAAAGCAAGGGUGGAAAUUGAGAUUUCAGAAAACUCAAAGUUUGCUGGUUUCGACUUCAACUGUACACCAUUCACCUUGCAUGACGAUGUCUCAAUCCUUGAAGCGAUCAGGUGUAACAAUAAUAGCAUAAAAAGAGCUAGCUAG